CGCCAUUAUUCGGUACAAAAGGCUCUCCACUUUGGACCCUCCCUUUUUCUAUCAGAGUGAUCGAAGUGUGCCACAGGAAGACUCCCACUCUCCUUUUCCUCCUCCCUCAACCAAACACAUCCCCAAAAGUCCAAGCCCUUCUUCCUCGCGGAGAACUGCCGUAGGAAUCGAUGGAACGUCCACUGUUGUCCGCUCGAGCUGAAGCUUUCCCGGCUGGCCUUCGGGUGCUGGUUGUUGAUGACGAUCCCACCUGGUUAAAAAUUCUUGAGAAGAUGCUCAGGAAGUGCUCCUAUGAAGUUACUACAUGCAGUUUAGCAACUGAUGCUCUGAGCAUGCUUCGUGAACGAAAAGAUAAAUUUGACAUUGUAAUCAGUGAUGUCAAUAUGCCUGACAUGGAUGGCUUCAAGCUUCUUGAGCAUGUUGGACUUGAAAUGGAUUUGCCUGUAAUAAUGAUGUCUAUUGAUGGGGAGACAAGUAGGGUGAUGAAAGGUGUUCAACAUGGCGCUUGUGACUAUCUUCUUAAGCCUGUCAGAAUGAAGGAGCUAAAGAAUAUAUGGCAACAUGUUUACAGGAAGAAAAUGCAUGAGUUGAAAGAAAUACAAACUCAUUACAACAAUGAGGAUAUCAACAUUCUAAGAUACGGAUCUGAAGAUCUUGAUGACAGAAAUUUGACAGAUGGAAUAACCAACAUCAGCUCUGCGAGGAAAAGGAAGGAUGUAGACUAUAAAGAAUUUGGUGAUCAAGAGUUCGGUGAUUCUUCUAGGCUUAAGAAAGCAAGAGUUGUUUGGUCUGUGGAUCUUCAUCAGAAAUUUGUGAAUGCUGUUAAUCAGAUUGGACUUGACAAGGUUGGGCCAAAGAAGAUACUUGACUUGAUGAAUGUCCCUGGGCUAACAAGAGAAAAUGUUGCCAGCCAUCUUCAGAAGUAUCGACUUUAUUUGAGUAGACUACAAAAGCAGAGCGAAGACAGCACUUCAGGUGGAAAUAUGCCUUCUGAUCUCGUAAACAAUGACAAUGUGGCAAAUUUUGAGCUCACAAGCUCAACAAACAUGCAACAAUGUAGCGAACACACUAAAUUUGUAGGGACAAGUGAGAAUUUGGUUCAAGGGAUUAUUGAUGAUGCUCAUAUCGGUGAUAUAAAGAAAAUAGUGCCUGUGCAAGUGAUUGAAAGUGAGAAAGGUCUGAUCAGUGAUAUUCCCAGCUCGCAGAAUGUCAACAGUGUCCCUCAGUUAAGUGCAUUGUUUUCUUUCAAAGGCAUGACACCAGGUGUUGAGGAAAAGGCACGCGAACCUACAACACCAAAGCACCAGACUUUGCAUGAUGGAGCUCCAAGGAUGCAAUUCAUGCACUACCCAGGCCAAGGAAACUGCACCAUGUUGGAUGACUACUCGUAUUUGUCGAGUUCUGAUCAAGAUCAUCAGGUUUCUUUUAGUCUUUCUUCAUCCUCCCCAGUCAUCUCAGCCACUGUCAGUAACGAGAAGGAUAUGAAAGAUCUGAGUGAAAUGAAACCAGUCCCAACAGAUCAAAGAAAUGCCCACUUUGCUGUCAUACCUCCAGUAGCAUGCAUGACUGGUUCAGUAUCUCUUCAGAUCAAGCAUGGAAUGGUACACUCUCAAGAUGCUGGAGCAAUUUGCAAAUUAGAUGGAUCACCAAACACAAAAGGCUUUUCCACUGAACAGAUAGACAACCAAGAAUGUUUACCUCUAACAUGCGAGUUCAGUCCUAAAAGUGAGGCAGAAUUAGACUCAUUGCCUGCUGAUUUGCAUCUAUGUUCUAUCCAAAAGUUUGGCUGCUUUGAGGAUGUGGGUUUUGGUGGCGCAGAGAAUUUUCAAGACAUCAUUUCAACACCAGAUACUCAAGUUCAAAAUGAUUGGUACAUCAGUUCCGAACUCAGCAGUGACUACUUGUAUGAGACAGUGGAUUAUCCACUAAUUGAUGAAUGCUUAUUUGCGUAGUCACUCUUCAAACAUUUUCUUUAGAAGAUGCAUGCUACUCUUAUAUCCAUAUUUAGUGCCGAUGCUGGAGCAUAUGCAAUAUGGCAACAGAUUCUGAUGGAGCACUUUGGAAACUGAUGUGACUUAAAUAUUUGUGGUUAGGAUGUACUUUGAAAGGAAUCAUAAUAAUGUAUGUUUGAGAAUUAUGUAAAGGAUGUUAAGAAACAUGCUGCUGCACUAAUGUUUUCCUAUUGCACAAACAGUGAAUGUUACUUUUUCUCUGUCGGUACACACG